AUGCUUACAAGGAACUGUUUAUCCCUGCUGCUCUGGGUCCUGUUUGAUGGAGGUCUCCUAACACCACUUCAACCUCAGCCACAACACACUUUAGCCACAGAACCAAGAGAGAAUGUUAUCCACCUACCAGGACAACGAUCACAUGUCCACCGAGUUAAACGUGGCUGGGUAUGGAAUCAAUUUUUUGUGCUGGAGGAGUACAUGGGCUCCGAGCCUCAGUAUGUGGGAAAGCUCCAUUCCGACUUAGAUAAAGGAGAGGGCACUGUAAAAUACACCCUCUCGGGAGAUGGCGCUGGCACUGUUUUUACCAUUGAUGAAACUACAGGGGACAUUCAUGCCAUAAGGAGCCUGGAUAGAGAGGAAAAACCUUUCUAUACCCUUCGUGCUCAGGCUGUGGACAUAGAAACCAGGAAGCCCCUGGAACCUGAAUCAGAAUUCAUCAUCAAAGUGCAGGAUAUUAAUGAUAAUGAGCCGAAAUUUUUGGAUGGACCUUACAUUGCUAGUGUUCCAGAAAUGUCUCCUGUGGGUGCCUAUGUUCUCCAAGUCAAGGCCACGGAUGCUGAUGACCCAACCUAUGGAAACAGUGCCAGAGUCGUUUACAGCAUUCUUCAGGGACAACCUUAUUUCUCUAUUGAUCCCAAGACAGGUGUUAUUAGAACAGCUUUGCCAAACAUGGACAGGGAAGUCAAAGAACAAUACCAAGUCCUCAUCCAAGCCAAGGAUAUGGGCGGACAGCUGGGAGGGUUAGCUGGAACGACAAUAGUCAACAUCACCCUCACGGAUGUCAAUGACAAUCCACCUCGAUUCCCCAAAAGCAUUUUCCAUCUGAAAGUUCCUGAGUCUUCUCCUGUUGGCUCAGCUAUUGGAAGAAUAAGAGCCGUGGACCCUGAUUUUGGACAAAAUGCAGAAAUUGAAUACAAUAUUGUUCCAGGAGAUGGGGGAAAUUUGUUUGACAUCGUCACAGAUGAGGACACACAAGAAGGAGUUAUCAAAUUGAAAAAGCCAUUAGACUUUGAAACAAAGAAAGCUUACACUUUUAAAGUAGAGGCCGCCAACGUUCACCUGGACCACCGGUUUCACUCCGCGGGCCCUUUCAAGGACACGGCCACGGUGAAGAUCAGCGUGCUGGAUGUGGACGAGCCGCCGGUGUUCAGCAAGCCAGUCUACACCAUGGAGGUUUACGAGGACACUCCCGUGGGGACCAUCAUUGGUGCUGUCACCGCACAAGACCUGGACGUGGGCAGCAGUGCCGUGAGGUACCUCAUAGAUUGGAAGAGUGAUGGGGACAGCUACUUUACAAUAGAUGCGACUGAAGGAACCAUCGCCACUAAUGAAUUACUAGACAGAGAAAGCACUGCGCAGUAUAAUUUCUCCAUAAUUGCGAGUAAAGUUAGUAACCCAUUAUUAACCAGCAAAGUCAACAUAUUAAUUAAUGUCCUAGAUGUCAAUGAAUUUCCUCCAGAAAUAUCUGUGCCGUAUGAGACAGCUGUGUGUGAAAAUGCCAAACCAGGACAGAUAAUCCAGAUAGUCAGUGCUGCAGACCGAGAUCUUUCACCGGCUGGACAGCAGUUCUCCUUUAAAUUAUCACCGGAAGCUGCCAUCAAACCAAAUUUUACAGUUCGUGACUUCAGAAACAACACAGCUGGAAUUGAAACCCGAAGAAAUGGAUACAGCCGCAGGCAGCAAGAGUUGUAUUUCCUCCCGGUUGUAAUAGAAGACAGCAGUUAUCCUGUCCAGAGUAGCACAAACACAAUGACUAUUCGAGUUUGUCGAUGUGACUCUGAUGGUACCAUCCUGUCUUGUAACGUGGAAGCAAUUUUUCUACCUGUAGGACUUAGCACUGGGGCUUUGAUUGCAAUCCUUCUGUGCGUUGUUAUCCUCUUAGCCAUAGUUGUGCUGUAUGUAGCUCUGCGACGGCAGAAGAAGAAAGACACCUUGAUGACCUCUAAAGAAGACAUCAGAGACAACGUUAUCCAUUACGAUGAUGAAGGAGGCGGGGAGGAGGACACCCAGGCUUUCGACAUUGGUGCUCUGAGAAACCCAAAAGUGAUUGAAGAUAACAAAAUUCGCAGGGAUAUAAAACCAGACUCUCUCUGUUUACCUCGUCAGAGACCACCAGUGGAAGAUAACACAGACAUAAGGGAUUUCAUUAAUCAAAGGCUACAAGAACAUGAUGUGGACCCCACAGCCCCACCCUAUGAUUCACUGGCAACAUAUGCCUAUGAAGGCGACGGAUCAGUAGCCGACUCUCUCAGCUCCAUAGAGUCUCUGACCACGGAAGCGGACCAGGACUACAACUACCUAACAGACUGGGGACCCCGCUUUAAAGUCUUGGCAGACAUGUUUGGAGAAGAAGAGAGUUAUAACCCUGAUAAAGUCACUUAA